GAUGGCGCAGGCGCGGCCGAGGCUGGCGAGGCGGAACCCCGGAAGCUGCAGCAGAGCGAGGCGAUCAUGGAGGCGAUCAUCAGGUCCACGAAACCGCUGCCAAUUGGGCCGCCUCAAGACGACAGGUUCUCCCCCGCCUGGCUGGAGCUUCAGCUGCAGCGCGCCGCCGACCGGCUGGUGCCGUGGUGGUGGCUCCGGUGGCUGUCACUGGCCGGCCUCCUCAGCUGCUUCACAGCGCGCGUCGUCCUCAUCGAGCGGCACUUCUUCGCGGCCUACGCGCUGGCCAUCUACGUCCUGAACCAGUUCCUCCUCUUCCUUUCCCCCGCCACCGAG